AUGGUAGCCCAAAUACCUUCACUCUUAGAGGCAUUCAAACGCUAUGCCAAGGAACAGGAUGUUGCGCACUUUGAUAAACUUGAAGAAGUGAUCCUAGAUGGACUAUCGAUUCCUGUAUUGGGGGAUCUAUCUUUUCUAAAGGACUGCAAUGUGGGGUUCCUCUCCCUUAACAACUGCCAAGUGGGGGCCAUUGACCAUCCCUUCCCAGAAGGCACCAAGAUAGAACGUCUCGAAUUGAACUCCAACAAUCUUUCGGACAGGAAGUCCCUCGAAGCUCUUGGUAAUUUGAAAGAGACCUUGCAAGAGCUCCACCUGGCAAAUAACAAACUCGCUGAACUGGACGCUCUAAUCCCUCUCCACAAGCUUGUGAACAUACGUAUACUCAACUUGAUCGACAACCCCGUUGAUGGCAUUGACAAUGAUGAGCAAAUGGCAAAAGCAGCGUAUCGUGAAGACCUCCUCAACGCACUACCGAAUCUCCAAGUGCUUGACGGUUACGAUAGAAACGGAGAAGAGGUACUCUUCGAAGACUCCGAGCCAGAGGAUGAUGAAGAUGCCUACACGAGCGAUUCUGAGGACGACGAUGAAGACGUUGAUGGAGAACAGGAAGAGGAGGAAGAGGAGGAGGAUGGGGCUGAUGACGAUGAGAAUGAAGAAGUACCACAUGCUAAGAGGAGGAAAAUUGAUGAUACCGAGUGA